AUGAAUGAUACCUCUAAACUACCCCCAAACAUUACGGCUCUUGGUUGGCGUCAACCGCUGUGGUACCAGUAUGAUGAGUGUGCCGUGGCUCCGUAUGCCUUCGUCUUUUACUUUAUUGUCAAAGUUUUCAACCUGGCCUUGGGUUUCCCCUCCAACAUUCUGGUGAUGUGGCACAUCGCAACGUGCAAAAGUGAAAGCUCCACAUCCGACACCUUUAUCUUCAACCUCGCUGCACUGGACGCCUUUUUCUGCUUGAUGACACCUGUGGAACUUCUAAACCGCUUGUACCUGGACCACUGGGGUGUCUGGUAUUUACAACGGUUUGCCUACGGUGUGAAAGACAUGGCACCUUUGUUCCUCACCUGCAUCUGCUUGGACAGGUAUAUCGCCGUGGUGCAUCCUAUCGUGUUCACAAACAUCCGCGAUAAUCGCAUAAGGACGGGUAUUUCCGCAAUUGUAUGGGCGCUGCUCUUGGCCUAUUCGCUCGCCAAGAGCAUUUUAGGAGUACUGAGCGUGACCGAGGUUUUCAGCAGCCUCAUCCUGUCGGCCUUCUUUAUCAUGGUUUUCUGCAACAUAUCCAUCAUCUGGGUGCUGCGAAGGAGUGUCGCCGGCAAAGAGGUCAUGAACCCCGUGAAGAAGAAAGCCUUUAAAACAGUACUCAUCCUGCUGGCUAUCAUCGUGGUAAACUAUUUGCCCCCCGUGGCGCUCAUGCCGUUUGCCUCGACCUACACGUUCUUCCAGCUGGUCUGCCAAAUCAGCGUUGCCGUCUUCUCUAUCAUGGAUUUGAGCAGCACCAUCGAGCCAAUACUUUACAUCUACAAGAUGGACAGGCUGAACCCAUGCUCCUGCCUGAAGGGACCAGCUAAGAAACCAGUCAACGCCAGCAUGUAA